ACAUGGUUUAGUUCGCAGCUGACACUUCACUUUAAAUCGUUGUGCAGAAUGUAUCAUGAUGAUAGGCAUCGAGGCUCAACCAGGCGAAUGGCAUGGUAAAAUGUUUCCACCGUCAGCUUACGGCAGCACUUUAAGCACCUCUUACUGGUCCUGACUAGGUGGCAGAGCUGCCCAUCGUUCAUUUAGGAAUUCGCUCUUGUUAGGGAAGGGAAUCCAAUUGUUCUCCAAGUGAGACUGUCUAUUACUCAAGAUUUCCUCAGAAAUUUCUUCAAUAACUGAGAGUACAGCCCGUUAAACUAGACUCUACAUUUCAUAAUGUCUCCAACGCACUACUGGUUCAGUGCAUCCCCAGCACCAAAGUUCCUUUGAAAGAGAUCUGCCUACAAAUCUGCAAACUUGUUUUUAACUGGUUCUGUGUAACUGUUUGUCGCAAGUAACCACUUCAGUAACCGUGUCAAGGCUAUUAUCGCAUCAUUGAUAUCAGUUUCUCCAGCUAGAAAUCAAGGGACACACUCAGAGAACGUCAAGACUGAUCAACUAAAAGCUGCUUUCGUUGCGUCGCUUACAUCACCCGUUAGCAAGAGACCGAAUUCCACUGUUGAAGUAUCGCCACCCAUCGUAUCAAAAUCACCACUAGAUCUCCAACCCUCUCAGGUCGUAUAUCCCGGAUACCAGCAAUAUUUUGUGACCUUCAUAUCAGCUCAGUUCCUGACAAUUCGCUUUGUUCACAGUUGUAGGCCUCCACAGUUUAUUCGUGGGAAAGGGGGGGGGGCGUAACGACUUAUUGGCAUAGUAUCUUUGUGCAUACUAAUGAAACGACAAUUUAAUGAGACUACUUUGCUCUUGUGAGGACAUAUAUAAGAGUGGCUGUGGGUGACUGUUCAAACAGCUCUGUUCUGAUUCACGAACUGUAAGUUCCUACAGGUACCUCGAGUAAGGAAUAAUUGAAAAAUAUAAUAACUUUUUUUUUUUCAAGAACGUUAUUUAGUUCUUUGCGUGUGUGGAUAUUUGAAAGGUAAGACGGUGUUUUAAUACAUAAAGCAGCCCAAAACAUUCAAGAAUAAGAAAACUUGAACAAGUAUUACUCAGGUGUGACUAGUUAAAUAUAAUUCAAUAGGUUAUUUUCCAUCUUUAAGAUUGUAUGCAUAAAAAAGCAACUACGUUUUUAACCGAUAUACACAAAAAGAAUACAAAAUACACAAUAUUUUACCAAUGUAGAACAAUGAACAUUUCACACACAUGCUUUGCUGGUCGCCCCUGUGCAACGCUCUCUUUGUUUGGUUGUUUUUUUUUUUGGGUUGUUGUUUUUUGCUAAUUAUACCGUAUCUUGCUCAAGGUUACAGCCAAGUGACAACACAUCUAAACCACACGUCACCGACACUUACUUAACAUCAUUUUUGAGUCUGAACUCACUACUCACUCAAUCACUGGGCCCUCACCUGAGAACAUAGGAUGAGAAGCAAUCGGUUAUACUGUUUUACCGUAAAUCCAAACCCAUAACCAAACCACCCCACAGCGUUGGUAUCAAGGGCAGGAAACAUAAUAUUCAUUGAUUAAACGCAACAGGCACGACUUGCAAUAACCGAUCAGCAGACCAAAACCCUUGUUAUUGAACAAUUCGAAUUGUCAUACAUGAGUAUUUUAGAAAACAAAUGAAUUACUUUAUUCUAUAAUCUGUGUGUUGGAGUGAACAUAAAUAGUGAAAUGCUAUAGGUUCAAUGCUCCUAUCAACACUGUUAGGCUAUUUAAGAGGCAGGACCUCAGAGUUUAACGUUCUUCUCCGAAAGGACAGAGCCAAAGGGGGAAGUCGUGUUACAAGGACACAACGUUGGGCCGAGCGUAUGUGUGGUGCCCUUGACAUUUUAGAAACAAUAUAUAAAGCAAAACGAUUUUAGAAAUCUUUAUUAAAAAAUGAGGUUAAAUUCUUUUUUUCCCCUUCUUUUUCUUUUUUUUUUCCUUUUUAUUUUUGCAUGUGCCCCUGACCAGUACACCUUCAAGCGUUGUUGAAUGAUUGAGUGUUUCUUUCUGUGGCGAGAUAGGCGGUUUUAGUAGCCUGCCGACUGUGUAAGCAGCCUUAAAUUGUAUGUUAGUGUCCGUAACUAUUGUCUAUGGUGUGAGCCUGUAUUUCAUCGCACGUUUUAUUCUUGUUUAAACCAGACUGACGCUAUGGUGGCACAGGAUUUCGAUGACAUUUUGGACCAAAUCGGAGGGUUUGGUCGAUUCCAGAAAAUACUUUGCACGCUUUCGUUUUUCCUGGUCAUACCCGCGGCCAUGAUAACAUACACGCCCAUGUUUAUCCUCACCGUGCCGAAACACAGAUGUGCUUUAGAAGGUUACCAAGGCGACACGUAUGCUGUGCAGAAUGACCACCAUCUUGAGCUCAUCAAUGCCUCCAUCCCUUUGAACGAUGAUGGGAACAUGCACAAGUGCAAUAUUCUCACGGGAAAUGAGGAUCUGUGGAACUCUUCCGUUCCUGCUGGGAACGCUACCGGAGUCGCUCAGUGCACCAAGUGGGUGUACGACAAGACUAUGUUUGACAGAUCCCUGAUAGAAAAGGUGAAAGGUCGACACUAUCUGCGUGUAUAG